CAGGACAUCAUCAGGAGGUUCAAAUCAUCUAAAUUUGGCUCUCGAGAAGCUGUUAGACAUGACUUCUCUGAGUUCCCAGACAAGGUGGCUAUCCAGCUCAAUGACACUCAUCCAUCUCUGGCUAUCCCAGAGCUGAUGAGGAUCCUGGUUGACAUUGAAGGAUUGACCUGGGAGCAGGCCUGGGACAUCUGCACCCGCACUUGUGCAUACACUAACCACACUGUGUUGCCUGAGGCCCUGGAACGCUGGCCAGUCUCCAUGUUGGAGUACAUCCUCCCCAGGCAUCUCCAGAUCAUCUAUGAGAUUAACCAGAGACUCAUGGAUCAGGUUUCCAAACGUUGGGUUGGGGACUUUGAUCGCAUGCGAAGGAUGAGCUUGAUUGAGGAAGAAGGCGAAAAACGCGUCAACAUGGCGCACUUGUCCAUCGUUGGCUCACACGCAGUCAAUGGUGUCGCUGCUAUCCAUUCAGAAAUCAUCAAGCGCGACAUCUUCCACGACUUUUGCGAAAUGAAUCCCGAGAAGUUCCAGAACAAGACAAACGGUAUCACUCCGCGACGUUGGCUCUUGCUUUGCAACCCUGGAUUGGCCGACGCGAUUGCGGAGAAAAUCGGCGACGAAUGGCCGCGACAUCUAGACCAACUGCAGGAACUCAAGAAGCACGUUCAUGACCCGGGUUUCAUGCGUGUCGUGCAGACUGUGAAGCAGGAGAAC